AUGAAGAAUCGCGUACCUACGAAACUUGCGAAUGUCCAGCAAUCUUCGCUUGGGUUUGCCAAUUCAGCGCUCUGGUCGAGAAAGAUAGCGGCUUUGUACCUCAGAGGGGCUCACUGCGCUGCCUAUCGAGUUCGGACCAGUGCACCACCGGGACGCUUUGGAAACUGCGGCAGGCUGCAGGUCGAUACGCGGCACACCAAGACGCUGGGCUUUGGAUUUCAUGCAACCUGUACGCGCAUCAGAAAUGACUCGAAAAUCUUGCCACGUCGGAACGCCGGAUGCAUUCGCAUGACUGCGAGCAAGUCAGCACUCGCCGCGAGAAUCGUGCUCUCCGGCCUGAUCGGGCUCACGGCGGGUUUUCUCGGAUCCCUGAUUGGUGUCGGAGGCGGCAUCAUUAUGACUCCACUGUUGACUAGCGUCGCCGGCCUCUCGCAGCACGAGGCUCAUGGAACAUCUCUAGUGGCCGUCUCUUUCAGCUCAUGCGUUGGAGCGCUCGCCUACGCGCGGGGCCGUGCCGUACAUCUGACAGCAGCACUCAUUGUAGCUCUCGGUGCUGUGUUAACGGCGAGCGCUGGAGCAGCAUACUCUAGUCGUGUGAAAAGCGCACUUCUUCGGAAAUACUUUGGGGUAUUCGUUCUUAUCAUCGGCGUACUGAAUUUUUUGAGAAGUCUCGGGCUCAUGUAUGUUCAGAACACUGGCACAUCUUCCUCGGCGGCAUUGUCUCUGGGGGACAACUCUGGAGAUUUGCCGCGUACAAUGAGAAUAGCCCUAACCAUUGGUGCGGCAGGCUGCAUCGCAGGUUUCUUUUCUGGUCUGAUGGGGGUAGGCGGAGGCACCAUCGUGAUCCCAUUUCUAUCUUAUAUCGCAGGCUUUGGGCAGAGGGAAGCCCAGGGUACAGCUCUUGCAGCGAUGGUUCUGCCCUCCUUUAGCGGUGCGGUUACACACUCCAGACUGGGUCAUGUGAAGAACGAGCUCCUGUUCGGACUUCUUGGUGGCGUUUUGUUCGGUUCCUGGAUCGGCAGCGGAGUCGCGCUCCGCCUCCCGUAUACUCGAUUACUGCAAGUUAGUGCGGUGCUUUUUGUUGCAAUGGGUAUUCGAAGUAUUGUGACUGCACGCCGCGGAUCACCUCGAAUGUCAGAGCAGGCGGAAUGA